AUGGGUUUUCUGGAAGGAACCAACGGCACCAUCACCCUGGGGAGGCCCGGUCCCCCUGAGAGACACCCCCAGGAUUGGCCCCGCCAAGGCCUGGCUACCUCCAGCCGGGGCCUCCCCGGGUCCGGCUCAGUGAUGAUGGACAGCACCAAGAUCUUGGGGGUGAGGGUCAUCCUGAUAAUGGCCUAUUCCCUGAUUAUCCUCUUGGGCCUGGUGGGGAACUCUCUGGUGGUCUACAUGAUUGUCAAGUACAAGGCCAUGAGGACGGUCACCAACUUUUUCAUUGCCAACCUAGCCCUGGCAGACCUCAUGGUAGACUCCCUCUGCUUGCCCUUCACGCUCGCUUACACCCUGCUGGACGAGUGGAAAUUUGGGGCUGUCCUCUGCCACCUGGUCCCCUACGCCCAGGCCCUGAGCGUUCACGUGUCCAUCCUGACCCUGACCGCCAUUGCCCUGGACAGAUAUCGCUGCAUCAUCUUCCAUCUGGACAGCCGGAUUUCUAAGCGACUGAGCCUCGCCAUCAUCGGGGUCAUGUGGCUGGCGGCCGCGGUGCUGGCCGGGCCCCUGGCCGUCUUCCGGGAGUAUCGCCACGAAGAGAUCCCCUCCGUCGGCCUCAAGAUGACGGUCUGCACCGAAAAGUGGCCCUCCCCCUCCAAUCGAGAUGCCACCAUCUACAGCCUCUCUAUGCUCAUCCUGCAGUACGCCCUGCCGCUGGGCGUCAUCUGCUACGCCUACGCCCGCAUCUGGCUCAAGCUCAAGAGCCACGUCGGCCCGAUCUCCGCGGCCCGGAGCGAGGGCCGGGGCCGGCGGCGGAAGACCACGAAGAUGCUGGUCACGGUGGUGGUCGUGUUUGCCGUCAGCUGGCUCCCCUUCCAUACGUUCCAGCUGGUCGUCGACCUGGACUUGGCGGCGGUCAUCCCCGAGUACAAGCUCCUCUACACCCUCUUCCACGUCGUCGCCAUGUGCUCCACCUUCGCCAACCCCUUGCUGUACGGCUGGAUGAACAAGAACUACCGCAGCGGUUUCCUCACGUUCUUCCGCUGCCGGGAGAAGCCGGAGGGCCUCCCGACGGAAGGGGGCUCCGUCCGGGGCCGCUCCUACACCUUCCGGACCACCGCUUUUAAUGAGAGCGUCAAGUCGUCCCACCCCAUGGUGCAGCUGCCCACUGAGGCGUAG